AUGAUGAGCCCGUGGACAGAACGCCACCCAUUCGGGAAAAUCAACAAACCACAGGUUGCUCACUGUGGCCCGGCGGCUGGACUCGAACACGUUCCCGCAUCCCAUUUCCGAGAUGUGACGAAUCUCGACCUACUUGCGUGCAUCAACUUACGGAACAGAGCUGAGUCAAUCGAAUCGCCGGCGAAGGAUGAUAUCUGGAACCUCGAAUAA